UACCACUCGUUUUGCCGAGUAUAAAAGAGCCUUGCUAAGCCAUACAGAGCAUCAAUCGCAGCUCGUGCCUUGCAAAAGUCAGUCGAAAGUCGAGAAAAGAAAAAAAUCACAAAUCCUUCGAGAUGUUCAAGUUGGCCGUAUUCCUCGCCCUCGUCAGCUGCGCCCUGGCCGCGCCCAAACCCGGCCUUCUGCUCGCCGAGCCGGUGGUGCACGGCGCGCCCGUCAUCGCCUCGGCCCCGGUGGCCACCAGCUACCAAAACACCGUCAAGAUCUCCAAGAGCUCGCCGGUCAUCACCACGACCUACCACGCCGCCGCUCCACUGGCCGUUCACGCCGUCCACGCCGCUCCGGUUCUUCACGCCGUUCACGCCGCACCGGCUCUGCACGUCGCCCACGCCGCCCCACUGGCCGUGGCUCACCACACGUCUCUGCACUACGUAUAA